UCACAUAUAUGCGGACGUGCGGGCCGUGUUUUGUGCGGGCACUAGAGCCCAUUCAUUUGAAUGGACUCCCGUGCCCCGGGACACGCAGGGAAAAAGUAUCUGCACUUCUUCUGAAAACACAGGAACCUCGGUUCCCAGUAUGGUUGCGUUUUCCAUUGCUGGUGGCGUGCCAUUAGAACUAAUGGCACCUGCCCGCGGGUCCGCAUUCCUCUGUGCGGGUGGUGCUGCUGCACAGAUUUUCAUGUGGAUCCGCAGCAGCACCACCCGCACAGAUGUGAACCUAGCCUUAG